GCUGUGGUCGAAAUCACACACGGGAAAGUACAAUUCAGAUCCCGAGCUUCACAUGGCAGCUCGCCAACUUCUCUUGUGGCUUCGGAUGGACUUGUAUGACGAAGCUCUGUGAGCGUUUGCGCUGCAGAGGGCGCUCACGAGGGGGCGGGGAAUGGGGACUGCUGAUGGGGCUGGCGGAGGCUAUAGAGGAUGUGUUUGGUGUUGAAGAUGGCGGGGCGGUGGUACGGUGGAUAUAUCGCCAACCCCACAGCUAUGAUGCACCUGUUCCUCCUACUCCAUGGCUCCACCGCACCUUCCUCUCACCACCCUUACCCUCUUUUCUUUCCUCCUCCACUCCUCUCUUCACCAGCUUCACACCUGCCUCUCCUACACCCACUUCUGGCCUACUGAAACCACGCUCCUACACCCCGCACCUGCUUCUCCCACGCCAUCUUCUGCCCCACGGACUCCCCCAUACCCACGGCACGGGCGCACUGCUCACCCAAGAAGAGGUUGCUGCCAUGGCAGAGCUGCACGGGAGGCUGCAGGCGAAGCUGGGUGAGGCCCGGCUGCUGGGUUCCCCGUGGCGGUUUUUGAGGAUGGCCGGGCAGAGGGAGGAGGAGGUGUGUGAGAGCCGCAUGCCAGCAGUAGCAGACCGCGUGGUGCUGCGCAAGCUGGCCCAGGACAUCCACAAUGCCCAUUUUUUCUCUGCACCCAUCUCCCCACCACCCUCCCUCACCCCUCUUCCCCAACCCUCUCCCCCACCCCUCUCCCUCACCCCUCUCCCCCAACCCUCUCCCCCACACCUCUCCCCCAUCUCUCUCCCCCACCCGCUUGCCCCAACGGCCUCUACCCACCCGUCUCCCCUCCCUGCUUUCCCGCACCUCUCCCCCACUCUCCGCACGCCCCACCCUUACCCCUCUCUGCCACGCCUCUCUCCCAACACUUCCCUAAACCUCUUUCCCAAGCCUCUCCCCCAAACCUCUCGCCCAACCCGCUCCCCAACCCCUUUUCCCCCACGCCUCCCGCCUGUGCCUCCCCUCCACGCCUCCUUCCAACACCUCCCCCUCUCACGCCUUGGCCACACGCCUCUCCCCCACCGUCUUCCUCCCCCAUGCCCUGAUCCUGCCGGGAGGAGUCAGCUGGCGAGGAGGCAGUGGGAUCCAGUGGCUAGCGCAAGUCAAUCGUCACCCCACCUGCACAUUCCCCACCUGCACCUCUUCCACGGCCCUGCCACUCGUUUCCUGUCUUUCAUGCCCUCUUGUGGGUGCGUUGUAAGAAGAGGGGGGGAGUGGGGUGAAGACAAGGCAGUGCCGGGCCUAUUCAGCAGGCGCAAGGCCAAGAUGACCACUAUUAUCACGUCUCCCUCUGGGCACUUGGCAUUUUCUCUGGCAGGCAGUGUGCUCCGCCUCCUCUGA